GUGCUAAUCAGACAUGAGUUGAUGACGAUGAUGAUGAUAACGAUGGUUAAUUAUUUGGGCAACAUUUAUUUACAUGUCAUUUUUCCCCCUUCCCAUUUAGAUAACAAGCGCGCAGGUCCACACCUGGUACAGCUGUGUCCUAUCAGCUACAAAGCGGAAAGAUAUUAAACAAUGUUUUCGCUCGGUUUGCUCAAAAAGACAGUCGUCGCACUCACAUUGCUGGUCAUGUUACUUUAUGUUCUGGACAUCCUCCGUCAAGUACAUAACAACUCGAAGCUCGUCAUAACGUCGAUGAACGAUGUCCUACAACAGUUGAGCACAGGAAUCGAUGCUGGUCCUGACCCAGUUUUCCACAAAGUGGGGCAGACCCAGGCGCUUGCCUUCUCCGCGUAUCUGGACGUCCGCGACGAGGGACGUCCAUUCGUCCGGGUCUUUGUCCUGGCCCCGAGAGAUAUAAACUACAACCACUUCACCUGCCAACUUUUCUACCGGGACCCACCCACUGUAAUGAACGUUUCUGCCAAGGAAGAUCGCAUCAGCAGCCACUUUGGCUUCAGGUACGGCGUCUACAAUUUCCUUUGCAACGUCCCUGAUCGCACGCCUUACCCGAGCCACGUGAGCCUCACGGACAAGGCCUCGGACUCGGCGGAACCUUUUCUCUCAUCGAUCCCCGUGGUGGCGCCCGGCGAUUCGGUGGCAAGGUACGACUUUGCCGUGUGCCUUCCGACCCUAUUCGGGGCGUUCAACAACUCCCUCAUCCUCGUGCAGAACCUGGAGAUGUACCGCAUCCUAGGAGCAGGCAUCGUAACUGUCUACAACACCAGCGUGAGCCCAAUCGUGAACCGAAUACUCACGCAUUACAGCCGUGUCGGUUUUCUCGAGGUCGUGCAGUGGCCCAUUGAGAAUUACCUCAAUCCAUCCAAAGGCUGGAGGCCCGACAUUCACCCAGGCGAGCUUCACUACUACGGGCAGAUAGCCACGAUGAACGACUGCUUAUAUAGGAACAUGUACAGGGCCAAAUACAUCUCCUUCGCCGACGCUGAUGAAGUCAUCCUGCCGAGGCAGUGGUCAAACUGGGCAGAUAUGAUGAGAGCGAUAGAUGUCCACCAGUCCACCUCAGCUUUCUACUUCACCCUCCACACGUUUCCGAUAACGAACGAGGCCACGUGGACAUCGCCCCUGGGUGGGCAGGCCAGCGGGACGGACAUCCUGAAUCAAACCGCAAAGCAGAUUCCACCCGCCGACACAAAGGACGCCACCACGAAGAUACUGGGGUGUCCCAAGGGGCUGGUCUACGUCUCGGUCAACACCGUCCUCGUGAGUCGCCCGGGCUACAGAGUUCACACUGUCCCAGAUGCGGAGGGCACUCUGCAGCAUUACAAGAGGUGGAAGAAGGAGUGGCAGCUGCCGGACAGUUCUGUUUUGAUGCGUGACUUUCACGUGCAGAAUAUCUUUGGCAGCUUGCUCUCAAGAGCCUGGAUGAAUUGCGUGAAUCCUCAGCCAGAGCUGCUCCGCAAGGAUGGAGGCCGCGUGGAGAAGCUCCAAGAGGUGGCCGUGUGCAGCCUGGAGAAACUUCCCUGUCGGCGUGGAGCAGUCACGCGGCCAGUCGGUGCUCUGCUCUGCCGACAACGCUUCACCUCCCUCCUCCGGAGCUGUUUGCGGGAUGAGAUCUUCGUCAUCAUCGUCUGA